AUGGCGGGCCCCUUCCAGAAGCUUCAACUGAAGCCUGGCAUGAAACUCAGCGUGUCGGGUGCUCCUCCGGAGUUCAUGAAGCUGAAGCAGGACCUUCUGAAAAAGGCAGGGGCGGCCAAGAAAGAUAUGCCACCUGCCGCUCUGUAUUUUGUGAAGAGCUGCAAGGAAAUAGACAAGCUGGCAAAGUCGGCGGUGCGGAAAGCGGGCCAGGAUGGAAUACUCUGGAUCGCUUAUCCCAAGAAGACUUCGAAGAAAUAUGCGUCUGAUGUGGGCAGAGAUGGAAGUUUCAAAGCCUUCGGCAAGUUCAACUUCGAACAGGUCCGGCUCAUCGCCCUGGACGCAGAUUGGAGCGCCAUGCGCCUCCGUGCCGUGGGGAAGAUUAAAAACAUGACCCGCAAUAAGGCGAUCUGCCUCUCCGAUGCUGGCAAGCGCAAGGUGGCCACCACAAAGACGGGGAGGACAGCGAUGAAAUCGGUGCGGAAAACGGCCAUGAAGAAGUCGUAG